GGUCCUUAGUUGCUUGGUUACGGUAGUGGGGUCUGCAUCUGCAGAUUUCAGCUAGCAAGAGUUGCUAGCUAAAGAAGGAGUUGUUUACAUGGAAUCACAUAAUGAUGGAUGAGGAAACUGAGCUGUCGUUUACAAUCGCCCAAAUUGUUCAGCGCUUAAAAGGAACACAUUUGCAUUCUCAGCUAGAAAGGCAGGCGAAAGAAUGUUUGCACAGACCGGAUAUAAAACUUGAAUCACUUAAAGACGAUGUUCGGAAUUUCUUGAAAGUAUCGGGUUGGGAGAGGAAGCUUCAGAAUGCAGUGUACAGAGAAUUGCAUAUCAGGCCUCCCCCCAGGCACCCUGCUGCCCCCCCUGAGCACACCAAAGAGCCACUGGCUUACAUGCGCAAGGCCCAGGCCAGCUGGGAGAAGAGGAUCCUGAAAAGUCUGAACAGCAUGUGCACUGAACUAGGGGUUCCACUGGCGAGCAAGAGGCCAGUGCCAGAACAGAGGGAGCUGUCAAACAAGUGGAACGAGAUGGGGACGGAUGAACCAGACCUGAGUAAAUUCAGGCCUGUCUACGCUCCCAAGGACUUCCUGGAGGUGUUGAUCAGCUUGCGAAACCCUAACCUGGACUGCAGUGAGGAGGUGGGCUCCCAUAGCCACUGGGGUCUGAUCCAGGUGCCCCUCCACAUCAGAGAUGUCCCCCAGCUGAGGGAGGCUUGUCCUGAACUGACCCUGACCAGCGGGCAACUCGGCAUCGAUGACCACCCUCACGUUCCCGCAGAUUUGUUUGAAAGUGAGCACAUUCGUCUGGGCAAGAGAGUACUGAGUGAGCAGGACAGUGCCGCAGCUCAUCAGUACAGCAGGCAGGGCUGCCCCACUGGCCUGAGAGCUGAACUCUGGGCCCUGAUACUAAACUCCACCAACGAGCCAGAGGACAUCAUGCACUAUGAGCAGCUGAAGGCUGGGGUCAUUCAGCAUGACCUGCUGGUGGACAACCUCAUCUAUAAGGAUGUGAAGCUGACUGCAAGUAAUGAUGACUACUACUUUGUGUUUGAGGAUUUCCUCUAUCAGAUCUUGCUGUGUUUUUCACGUGACACAACGGUGCUUGAGCACUUCAAUUACAACAGUGCCACUCCGCCCAAGUCCUACAUACAAGGCAAGACAGAAGAGGAUGGAUAUGCUGUUAUUUAUCCUCCGAAUGGUGUUAUCCCUUUUCAUGGCUUCUCCAUGUAUGUGGCCCCUCUGUGUUUUCUGUACAACGAGCCGUCCAGGCUGUACGGUGUGUUCAGGGAGAUGUACGUGCGCUACUUCUUCAGAUUGCAUUCCAUCUCCUCCCACCCCUCAGGUAUUGUGUCCCUUUGUCUUCAGUUUGAGAGACUGCUGCAGGCUCACUUGCCCCAACUCUUCUACCACCUCAGAGAAAUCGGUGCCCAGCCCUUGUCCAUAGCCUUCAAGUGGAUGGUGCGUGCAUUCUCGGGAUACCUUUCCACUGACCAGCUCCUGUUGCUGUGGGACCGUGUCCUCGGCUUUGACUCACUAGAGAUUGUGGCAGUUCUGGCGGCUGCCGUGUUUGCCUUCCGAGCCGAGAACCUGAUGGAAGUGACAUCACUGGCCUCUGCUGAGGCCGUCCUUGCUGACCUCUCUACCCUGAAGGUCAUGCCCCUGAUCCAGAUCUUCGUCUUCGCCACGGUUAUCUAACCCUCCAAGAGAAGAUGAGGAGGAGGAGGAGGAGGAGGAGGAGGGGGGAGAGGCAGGGGAGGGGAAGAGGCUAAGUCUUCUGAGCCAUUCCCACGCCAACGCCGCAUGCCUUCCUUUUUAUCCCUCACGCCAGCUCCACACCAAACGAUGGAACGCAGGGGAGAGGAACAACAAGGAGGAGGACACCGCAAACGACCAAAACCUCCCAGUGUGGUCCAAGGCUGGUCGUAGAGGGACAAGCCAUUAACCGCCUGUCAUAGUACCCUCGUUACACACGGGCACACCAUGUGUCACGCCACCUGCGCCCGCUCCGGUGCUGUCUCACUCGCACCGUUGCCACCCGUGGAUCAUUUUACCCUGCUGUAUGCCUUACCCCAAACUUGACCCCCCAUCCCCCACCCUCCCCCAGCUUGCAUUCUCAUCUGAAAACCCCCAUCCAUAUGCCAAUGCUCCAUAACUAGCUCAAAAUGCAUGCAUCGCCAAUUGCAGAAGCUGAAAAACUCCUUGCAUUUCCUUUGACCAAUUUCAUGUGGCAUAGCAAUGUACUGUAUAUAAUUUACUUUUUGCACAACAAGUGCAAAGUGUUAUUUAAAUGUUAGUAACCACUGCUUUGUCAUUGCUGAUAAUCAUCAAAAUUGAGAAAGGGAAGAAACAUGAUAGAUUUUAUUUCCAUGAUGGAUGUUUUCCUUUAAUCCAAAGGGCUGUACCAGCCACCACUCCAUUUUGCCAGAAAUUCAGUUACUCUGUCACACAGCUUGGUCUUUUGAACCCCCGAGAUUUUUCUUUUGUAGGUUAAUGUUGUAUUUCUGGCCAAAAAGUCUCUUUUUAACCUACAUACAUGUUAUAGUAAGCUGUAAUGAAAAGUUUCUAGAUGAUUGUAUGUAUACUGUACACAGCUUUGUAGAUUGUUUUUGUUGCAUGGUUAGAAAAAAGAAAUGCCUUGCUCAGACAGACAGUAACUGGUGCUUGACUUAUGACUUAACAUGGUAGUAUCCCCCAAACAUGGUAUCUAACCUUGCUCUUUUCCAGUAACCAAUAUAUAAUUCAGCAACCAGUAUUUGUCAGGAUGCCAGCCUAUUCUUUGGGUUCACCUCUUGUACAGGUAUUGAUUGCUAUAUGUGCUAAUAUGAGUGUACUGAGAUUGAGAUUGUUUUCAUUAUGAGCUGUUUGUCAAUAUUCACUCUGCAUACUUCACUUGAUGGGAACCAGUUGCAAUCCUGGCCAGACUGAAAGCAGCACCGCAGGUAUAUGCGACUUAUCACUGGUUUGGCUGGCAAAGAACACUUCCAUUUUUUUAAGGAAAAAAUGCGUUCUCAUAUGCAACACCUGGUGACGCCAUGGAAACCAAAAGGUGAGCGAUGGGUGUAGCAUUUAGUCAUUGGUGUCGACUUGUUUUAAAUUCCUUACACUUAUUUACUAUGUUUUUUUUUGUAGUUGUGUUAUUGUUUUUAUUUGGUUAAAUAUGUAUUGUUUACCAAUAACUGUCCCAUGCCUUGAUCACAUGUGUCAUAUGUUAUAUAUUUAGAUGUUUUAUUAUUUAUUAUUAGCUGAUGGUUGAUUUCAGCCAUUUUGUUAUGCCUUAUAUUGCAGUAGGCCUAAAUAUCAUGUCAGCAUCACUUUACAUUACAUGGACAAUGCCAGGAAUUAAUUACCCAAAUAAAAUAACUAAUGCAUUUGACAUA